AUGCUUCGUCGACUGCUGAAGCGACACGCCGGAAGUUCGACCAACGAUUCGACGCGUUCGCUUGUCCACGGAAUCCUACCUGAAAACCAAGGGAAGUCUUGUCGACUCGAUGAUGAGGAUGAUGGAGGAAAGGCUGAUCGAUUGCUGUCACAGUUGCUGCCAAAAUACGUCGCAGCAGAACUUAAAGCCGGACGUGAGGUCUCGCCAAAAAGCUACGCCACCGCUACCGUACUCUUCUCGGACGUGGUCGGCUUUACGAAGAUGUGCUCCUCAUCUACCCCGCUGGAGGUGGUGAACAUGCUGAACUCCGUCUACUCUGGCUUUGACGCCGUCAUCAACAAGCACGAGGCGUACAAGGUGGCGACGAUCGGCGACGCGUACAUGGUCGUGUCGGGGGUGCCGGAAGAAAAUGGAAAACGCCAUAUUGCGCACAUUGCUGACAUUUCGUUGGAGAUUAUGCAGUUCCUCGCCGACUACGAGGUUCCGCAUCGCAAGGGCCAACGUCUCCGCUGUCGUCUCGGCUUCCACACUGGCUCCGUCGCCGCGGGCUUGCCGAUCAGAAUCUCGAAUUACAAAAUCUCGAAUGACAAAAUCUCGAAUGACAAAAUCUCGAAUGAU